AUUUUCAAUACUACAUUUUCCACAUUAAUCUCUAUCAUUGCUGACACCAAGAUUCCAGGUACAGGCUCCGCGCAUAAGUCGCGCAAGUUAGGAGAUCACACCAAGGUAAGAUCGAGAUAGUUGGCAGGAUUCCCGACCCCCCGGGUUUCGGGUCAUCCAUUGUACCUGCCCUGUACAGAUGGAUGGAAGUUCAUCCGCAUUGAUGAGAAUUAGACACAUACAAAUAGGCCAGCCACCUUUCUCAAUAAUCAGAUUUCUGAGGGUCUCAUCAAGCCAUUAAUACUACCUUACGCCAAUUAUUUUUGCACUUUAAGAGCCCCUCCAUGAAAACUUCCAGGAUAGCCUGCCUAUGGCUUUUCAUAGUCGUUCUAGUCUGUGCGAAUGCCCUGCGAGUAGAAAAGAGUCAAGAAUUUCCGCUGGGAUCUGAGAUCGAAAACCUCGCUGUCAGGCCAUCAGGUUCAGUUCUAGCAGUCGUCUACACAUUCCCUCGGGUCUACGAAGUGGCGCCUGUCGCAAAUGCCGAACCAAAGCUGUUGCACACUUUCCAGAAUACCAAUGGCGUUUCCAGCAUUGCAAAAUCACCAAACUUGGAUGAAUAUAUCCUCAUUACCGGCAACUUCUCUUUCCAGACGUUGAGUCCAACGCCUGGCUCGUACGCGAUCCACAAAUUGUCAUUUGACAAAUGUGACAAGCCGGUCGUCAAGCAACUGGCAUCGCUGGAUGCUAUUUCUCAGCCCAAUGGGAUGAUUGCAGUUCCCGGAACGCCCUACGUCCUGAUCGCAGACACGCGCGAGGGAUUGAUCUACCGUUUCGAUACCAAAACCUUCCAAUUGGGCGUCUACUACGAUGAUCCCUUGCUAAAGCCUGGCACGACGACCGGCGUGGUAUUCGGCGUUAACGGCAUCAAACUCUCAAGAGGAUACCUCUAUUUCAGCAACACCAACCAACAGUUGGUCGCCCGCGUCCAAGCUUCCGGGAAGGAAGAUGUACUCCACGGAACCCCGGAAAUCGUGGCAACCCAGACUCCGAUUGAUGAUUUGAUUGUCAACAGGUACAAUGGCGACGUCUAUCUCGCCGAACUUGGCGGAAACGCUCUUGGCUUUGUACCACACGGGGCAAACACCACCGUUCCGGAAACUCUUCUCGGCGGCAUCAAUAGCACAGCUCUUUUGACGCCUACAUCAGUUGUUUGGGCAAAGGGUGCGGAAGGCCGAACUCUCAUCGUCUCGGAGACUGGCGGUUUUGAGCAGUUUGUAACACGUAAUUACACAGGUGGUGGCAGGAUCAACAUUAUUCACCUGGAGUAAUGCCCUCAUGUAUCGUAGCUCAAGAUAAUUUAGGGAAGUCGCAACAUCCCUUAUAAACUACCAUCGGC